AUGACUGAUCGAAUUGAAAGGACAAAUCUUUCUGUUUCAGAUCAUAUUGCAGGCUCAUUAAUGUGUCUUCAUGGAUUUUUAACUCCUUCACAAAGAAAACAGCUUCCAAAUUAUCCAGAUAUUACAAAUUUUUGUCAAACUAGCACGGCAUCAAGGAUUUCAGCAUCACUAAUAAGUCAAUCUAUAGGGAUACAGAAAAACGAAGAAGAUAUAGACUUUUAUGAUGAAAUAAAAGCAAAAAUCGAAAAAAUAAUUUCACAAAAUCAGUUUGAUAAUUGGAGAUUUUACAUUGACGGCUUUGCACAUACAGGAAAAUCAACAAUCAUGUCAUUUUUAGCAAAUGAAAUGCUUCAUACAUUAGUUAAUGAAAAGAAAAUAGAAAAUUUAUUCUUUUUCCCAAUAAACUGGGAGAAUUCAUUACAAAGAAUAGUAGAUGUAAACUCUGUAUAUAUUGAAAUCGUUACUGCCACAAUGAAUCAGCUAAUAUGGCAAGCACCUCGAAUUUUCCCCUUUGCAUCAUCUUUAUUUAGCUGGCUAUUAGAUUUACCUAAUACAGGUGUAUCACCAGAACUGCCAUCUCAUGUAAAAAUUAGUGAACAAUUCCCUACAACUCAAAUUGAAAAAAUAGGCAGAAAUGUAGUGUCAGCAUUCAAGAACGGCCCCUCGAAAAUCAAUAUACUACUUGAAACAAUCAUGUCUCUACCAAUGGAACUAUCAUUUACUUUCGGAUUUAAGAAUAUAAUUUAUAUUUUCGAUCAUCUUGAUUUAUGUAAUUUCCCAUUUAGUAUGGAGAAUGAAUCCGAACAUAGUGAAGCCAAUUUCUUAGAUUGCAUUGUAGAAAUACUUAAAAAUCAUAAUUUUAUAAUUUCUCCGAAAAAUGAUGGAAUUCCAAUCGAUGCUCUCGGAAAUCCACCUGCUUUUAUUGAUACUACAUCGUUUGUUUCUGAAUCAGAUCUUUCAGAACUUCAAAUUAUUCAAAUUGACAAUCCAUUUUUAGAAAUUAAGCCAACAAUGUGCAGAGGAUGCCCACAAUUACUUCACAAAUACAAGUCUAUCCUUACAGAACUCAAAAGUUACCAAAAAUUCUCAGAUCCAAAUUUGAACAAAUUUGGGUUAGUUCCGUCAGGAUUGGAAUACCAAAAGAAGCUAAUCAUUCAGCUUGUAUCACAGUUCUGUUAUGACCUUGAAAGCAUUGGAAAUGAAGAAAUUAAUGAAGAUAUGGUUUUUGAAAUGCAAACAUCAGAAAAUAUAACGUUUGCAAUUAAAGAAUAG